CUCAACGAGAUGCCGGCCGAGGCCUGGGCCGACGCCGCCGUGGCCCACGCCCUGAACGUGCGCGAGGCGCUGGCGUUGGGCAACUACGCGGCCUUCUUCCGCCUCCACGAGACCGCGCCGAACAUGGGCGCCUACGUCCUCGACACCUUCGCGGACAAGGUCCGCGUCGACGCCGCCGCGAAGAUCCUCCGCGCGUACCGCCCGACCAUCGACCUCGCCACCCUCGCGUCGCGCCUCGGCUUCGACGACGAAAACGACUGCAAGGCCUACGUGACGAAGCUCGGCUUCCUCUUCGACGACGCGGGCGCCGUCAAGUGCAAGGAGUCGAAGUGCGACGCCGCGGGCCUCGUCGAGGACGGCGAGCAGAAGUCCUCGCUCCUCUAA